AUGGAAGAACCUAAAGGGAUUGUUCGUCAUAUAUAGACAUUGCAAGAUCCACAAUUAUCUAGAUCAUAUAGAGGACAUGAAAAAACAUAUUGUCUAUCAUUUGAUCCAUAAAUGAGAUAAUUAGCAUCUGGAGGAAAUGAUUCAAUAAUAUAUGUCUAUAGUUUCAAACCAUAAGGAAGACCAUUUAAAUUUAAUGGUCAUAAAGGAGCAGUUUACAGUGUUUAAUUUUCACCUGAUGGUUAAAUAAUUGCAAGUGGUGGAGAAGACAGGACAAUUCGUUUAUGGAAGAAUUCUGUGUAAUUUGAUAUUAAUAUGAAUUUAAUAGUUUAGGAAAGUGUACAGCAAUUAAAGGACAUAUUGGUAGUGUUAGAUCAUUAUCAUUUUCUUAAGAUAGCAGUAUGAUAGUAUCAUCAUCAGAUGAUAAAACAAUUAAGGGAUGGAAUGUAUUAAAGAAUAAUUUUAUGUUCUCAUUGGCAGGACAUACUAAUUGGGUUAGAUAAGCUAAAUUAUCUCCAGAUUCUAGAUUAGUAGUUUCUGGUUCAGAUGAUUCAACAGUUCGUUUAUGGGAUGUUAAUUUAUCAAAAGAAUUAUAGAAAUUCAAAUGUGAAGAUUCAAUAUAUUCAAUUGAUUGGAUUAGUGAUGGAACUACUAUAUGUGCAGGUUAAAUGGAUGGAAAAAUUAAAUUAUGGGAUGCUCGUUCAAUGAGAUUAAUAUAAUAUUAUGAAUGUAGUAAAAAAUCAGUUAAUACAAUAAAUACUCAUCCUAGUGGUAAUUUUCUAUUAUCUGGUGAUGAUGAAAGCAAUUUAAAAAUAUUUGAUUUAAGAUAAGGAAGAUUAGCAUGGUCAUUAUAUUCCCAUUCUUAACCAAUUAAAUAAGUAUAAUUUAAUUAUGCAGGUGAUUAUUUUGCUUCAGCUGGAUUAGAUUCAAAUGUUUUAGUUUGGUAAUCUAAUUUUGAUGAAAAUAUGAAGCCUUGUAAUGUUAUUAAUUUUGUAGAUAAGAAUUUAUCAAAUAAUGAUUCAUAAACAUUAUCAUCUUCAAAUUAAUUUAAGGUUCCUUAAACUACAUUUAAAGCUAAUAAAUAAUAAAAUAAAAUNUUAUCAAAUACUAUAUACAAUUAUUUAUAUAAUUUAAAUUCAAAUUAAUGGAAGAACCUAAAGGGAUUGUUCGUCAUAUAUAGACAUUGCAAGAUCCACAAUUAUCUAGAUCAUAUAGAGGACAUGAAAAAACAUAUUGUCUAUCAUUUGAUCCAUAAAUGAGAUAAUUAGCAUCUGGAGGAAAUGAUUCAAUAAUAUAUGUCUAUAGUUUCAAACCAUAAGGAAGACCAUUUAAAUUUAAUGGUCAUAAAGGAGCAGUUUACAGUGUUUAAUUUUCACCUGAUGGUUAAAUAAUUGCAAGUGGUGGAGAAGACAGGACAAUUCGUUUAUGGAAGAAUUCUGUGUAAUUUGAUAUUAAUAUGAAUUUAAUAGUUUAGGAAAGUGUACAGCAAUUAAAGGACAUAUUGGUAGUGUUAGAUCAUUAUCAUUUUCUUAAGAUAGCAGUAUGAUAGUAUCAUCAUCAGAUGAUAAAACAAUUAAGGGAUGGAAUGUAUUAAAGAAUAAUUUUAUGUUCUCAUUGGCAGGACAUACUAAUUGGGUUAGAUAAGCUAAAUUAUCUCCAGAUUCUAGAUUAGUAGUUUCUGGUUCAGAUGAUUCAACAGUUCGUUUAUGGGAUGUUAAUUUAUCAAAAGAAUUAUAGAAAUUCAAAUGUGAAGAUUCAAUAUAUUCAAUUGAUUGGAUUAGUGAUGGAACUACUAUAUGUGCAGGUUAAAUGGAUGGAAAAAUUAAAUUAUGGGAUGCUCGUUCAAUGAGAUUAAUAUAAUAUUAUGAAUGUAGUAAAAAAUCAGUUAAUACAAUAAAUACUCAUCCUAGUGGUAAUUUUCUAUUAUCUGGUGAUGAUGAAAGCAAUUUAAAAAUAUUUGAUUUAAGAUAAGGAAGAUUAGCAUGGUCAUUAUAUUCCCAUUCUUAACCAAUUAAAUAAGUAUAAUUUAAUUAUGCAGGUGAUUAUUUUGCUUCAGCUGGAUUAGAUUCAAAUGUUUUAGUUUGGUAAUCUAAUUUUGAUGAAAAUAUGAAGCCUUGUAAUGUUAUUAAUUUUGUAGAUAAGAAUUUAUCAAAUAAUGAUUCAUAAACAUUAUCAUCUUCAAAUUAAUUUAAGGUUCCUUAAACUACAUUUAAAGCUAAUAAAUAAUAAAAUAAAAU